AUGGGCUUGCUCGUCCUGCAUCAAGGGCCAUCGAAUCGCGAUCUGCACCACAUCAACCCCAAAGGUCGUCCCGUCAAGCAAUGCGAACACUGUCGCGGUGCGCGCAAGUCCAAGUCCCACCACGCCAAGUGCGAUUGUGGCGACAAGAAGGACAAGGACUUGCACAAGGACAAAGGCGACGCGAAGACUCACGACAACCGCUGCCAGUGCCAUUCAGGCGCAAAGUGCUUAUGUGGUACCAAGAACGAAGACGUUGAUCUCAAGGUCGACACCACCCGGCAGACACUCCACGAUGCUCGCGCGAAGCCCAAGUUGACUGCGACGCAUUCGGAAAGCCACUUGACCGUCUUCGCAAACGGCCACCACAAGCCUUGUCAUCGCAACAACAACUCGGCCCACGUCUCCGGUCUGCCGUACAAGAUCCCUCGUCCGCAUACGUUACAUGGCCAUGCCGCCUUCUCUGCUCUCUCGCAAGACAAGACUGCUCGCAGCAAGCCAGAGCCGACCACUACACGCUCCAUGGACACGCUUUCGUUAUCGAACAACGACUUCCACACCAUGUUUGGAUCUACUCAGCGAUGUUCCAACAAGCCUCCGACUCCCAACGUUGGUGGUAGCCUUGACACUUUCGCUUUCAACGACAUGUUCAGUAGUCAACCCGGAGUCUUUGGACAGGAGGGCGAGUCUCCCAACAGCAACGUAAGCGACACGUUUUCAACCCAGCAGUGGCCUUGGAUCGCCGAUACCGUGACACCAGUGAACAGCACAUUCGGUCUGGGUAGCUUGUCCACUUCGCCGUCGCAAGAUUGUCUGCCAAACAUGGAUAACGACUGGCUAACAGCAUCCGCUGGGUUUGACCACGUCUGGUCUGCUACUGAUCUCCCACUGGACCCGAGCAAAUUCAACGAUGAGUUGGCUCAGCCGAUUUCACACAGCGGCGAAUCAAAACAGAGCGGCCCUGGUCUUACUGUAGCUUCGUCUGCGCACUCAGAAAUCGGAGAGCCUGCCCUCUUUGGUGAUCUGGACUUCAACAAGGCUCCUCAGUCGGCUGCCAGCGAGUCGCUUUUCUGGGAAGAUACUCCUGCGUAUCGGUUUAGCACUGCCGUCCCGAGUGAACCUAUGAACGGGUUGCCAAUGACCACUGCAGCGCCCAUGUCCAGUAUGAUCGGCUUCGAUCCUAUCUAUGCCAAGAGCAUUACUGCUGCGCCAGCAACUAUGACGAGUACCGCCUCAUCUGACUUUGCCGACACAGCCGCAAUCUCGAUGCCUAGCAAUUUCCAAGAUGUUGUUCCCAUGGACCCAUGGCCUUUAGAUCAGACCAAUGGUGCUUUCAACGCGAUGAACAAUUUUGAUCUAUCUUCUUAUGCCAACAACGGUUGGUUUUAG